CACCUGGUCACGCAGAUGAAGUGGCGCCUGCAGGAGGGCCGAGGGGAGGCCGUCUACCAGAUCGGCGUGGAGGACAACGGGCUGCUCGUGGGGCUCUCGGAGGAGGAGAUGCGCGCCUCGCUCAAGACGCUGCGCCGCAUGGCCGAGAAGGUUGGGGCAGACAUCACGGUGCUCCGAGAGAGGGAGGUUGAUUACGACAGCGACGUUCCAAGGAAGAUCACAGAAGUCCUUGUCCGAAAGGUGCCUGACAACCAGCAGUUCUUAGACCUGCGAGUGGCUGUGCUGGGGAAUGUGGACUCGGGGAAGUCAACUCUUCUGGGUGUCCUGACACAAGGAGAGCUGGACAACGGGAGGGGAAGAGCGCGCCUCAACCUCUUCCGGCAUCUCCACGAAAUCCAGUCGGGAAGAACGUCGAGCAUCAGCUUUGAGAUCCUUGGCUUCAACAGCAAAGGGGAGGUGGUGAAUUACAGUGACUCCCGGACAGCAGAAGAGAUCUGUGAGAGCUCCUCCAAGAUGAUCACGUUCAUUGAUCUGGCUGGCCACCACAAGUACCUGAAAACAACCAUCUUUGGCCUCACCAGCUACUGCCCAGACUUUGCUAUGUUGGUGGUUAGCGCCAACACUGGCAUUGCAGGCACAACGCGAGAGCACUUGGGCUUGGCGAUGGCCCUCAAGGUCCCCUUCUUCAUUGUCAUCAGCAAAGUCGACUUGUGUUCAAAAGCCACUGUGGAACGGACAGUGAAACAGCUGGAGCGGAUCCUGAAGCAGCCAGGCUGCAACAAGCUGCCCCUGCUUGUCAAUUCCGAUGACGAUGCUGUCACAGCAGCACAGCAGUUUGCACAGUCUCCCAACAUCACCCCAAUCUUCACACUGUCCAGCGUUUCUGGGGAGAACCUAGAUCUYUUGAAAGUCUUCCUCAACAUCCUUCCUCCACUGACCAACAGUAAAGAGCAGGAGGAGCUAAUGCAGCAGCUCACAGAGUUUCAGGUUGAUGAAAUCUAUACUGUGCCAGAGGUGGGGACUGUUGUGGGAGGAACUCUCUCGAGCGGGAUCUGCCGAGAAGGGGAGAACCUGGUGGUGGGUCCCACUGACGACGGGAAGUUCCUGCGGCUGAAGGUSUGCAGCAUCCAGCGCAACCGCUCGGCCUGCCGGGUGCUGCGGGCAGGGCAGGCGGCCACGCUGGCCCUGGGGCCCUUCGACCGCUCCCUGCUGCGCAAGGGCAUGGUGAUGGUGAGCCCAGAAAUGAACCCCACCAUCUGCUCAGUGUUCGAGGCCGAGAUCGUGCUGCUCUUCCAUGCCACGACUUUCCGGAAGGGGUUUCAGGUGACGGUGCACGUAGGCAACGUGCGGCAGACUGCUAUUGUGGAGAAGAUCCACGGAAAGGACAAGCUGCGGACGGGCGAGAAGGCAGUCGUCCGCUUCAGAUUCAUCAAGCAUCCCGAAUACUUGAAGAUCGGAGCCAAGCUGCUCUUCCGUGAAGGAGUCACCAAAGGCAUCGGGCAUGUCACUGACCUCCAGGCCAUCACCACCAAAGAAAACGGCCUGGAGGAGGCCCUGGGGCCUGGGCAACGGAGCUUCUGACUACGACUGGGUCGGAGAGAUCACUYGCCAACAAGCGGGGAGGAGGCUGGAAGCUCCCCUGGCCCUCCGAGCGGUGCCUGGAGCUGCUGCCAUCCAGCUGCAGUGUGGGCGUCCCUCCUCUGUGCUGCGAGGUGGAGUCUUGGAGAGUUCCUUGCGUUCGGUGCCCUACGAGAGGCAAGUUAAGCAUGUUCUCCACGUUGCCUUGUGCUUUGGUUGCCCUGCCCUCCGGAAGAGAUGAGAGGCACCCGCAGACCCAGGCAGGCAAGUUCUGGCUGUGUUUACUGUUUUAAAAUUAGUGGUUGGGAGGAGCAGAGUCCUUGAAGACUGGCCGUGAAGGGAUUUAUUUUCCAUCUGUGAUAGAAGAUCUGGCUCUGUUCCAGCUCGAUCCAGAGCAGUCCUGCAGCACAUCCCUGUGGGGAGGGAUGGAAGAGGCCCUGCUUCCCACAGCGGGAGCUUGGCUGGACCUUUCAGAUGCAUUCAGGACACUUUUUUACCCAUUUUAUUCUUGGUUGGCUUUAAUCUGCAGUGUCCAUCUGUGUGUUGGUUUUGCAUUGCUGUAAUCCGGGUGUCUGGCUGUCGGCCCCGCACACGGGCGCGCUCCCGCCUGGGCCUCCCGGGAGGMCGGGGCCGCUCCGGGCGCCGCGGCCUCCUCGCACGGGGUGUGAAGGCAGCGUUGCACUUAGCUCCGCUCCGUGCAGCCGGCCGGCCGAAGCACCAGGCAGCCCUGUGGAGCCCUGUGGAGCCCUGGGUCAACGCCACCGCGUGCUCAUCGUUGCCACCAAGGUUCAGCCGCUGAUUUCACCUUCGAGUGGGUGGCAGCAUUUCGCAGCGGACUCCGUGGCCCAGCCCUGCUUCCUCCUCAGACACUCGCCUUAAUGUCUGAGCAGGGCAGGCUGGGUUAUUAACAGAAGAAACAGGUGAGUUGGUUGUAGAGAUGUGGUUUGCCAGUGGUGUGGGUUUAGUUGUCGCUCUCCUAAAGGAAGACCUGUUUGCUUUCCCUGGACAUGGGGGUCCGUGUGGAGGGAAGCUGGCGCGGCCAGCACGGACUCUGUGCACAGGGAGCGGAGCACUUCUGUCCCCCUUGUCGCCCUGCGAGUCCCGCUGCGUGACAGUUGCUGCAGCUGGGGGUGCAGCCGCACUGGGACU